AUGGUGGGCUUCAACCGCUCCGAAUUCGUCGACCUCACCAAGCCUCUCGGCGAACGCCUGAGCCUCUACGAUCCUACUAAGCUCCCUACCGACCAACCCAAAAAUGACGCCGCUGAUCCCGCCAGAGCCGUUCCACAAGGCUUCAUCGAUGCAAUGCUUGUGCGGGAAGAGGUGUAUGUAAGGGGGCAGAAGAUACCACUGGAGAACGAACUGGACCAAGACGAUGCACGUAGCUUCCAUUGGGUGGCAUAUGCAUCUAUACCGAUCAAGGGAGUCGUUGCGAACGGCAACGCCCACGAUCAACAGGCGCGGAAGAGCAGCAACAGCACCAAGAUCCCGAUUGGCACGAUUCGUCUGGUGCCUCCGCCGCAUCCGCCUCAUCCAGGACACGAGUUCACCAAAUUUGCAGAUGGCGGCAAGGAAUCCUAUAUCAAGCUAGGUCGCCUCGCUGUCAUUCCCGAGUUCCGCAAAGCUGGAGUCUCCAAGUUGCUUAUCGAGUCGGCUCUUGGCUACGCUCGCGAGCAUCCGUACGAAGUCGGUCCACAACUAGAUCCGGCUUCCUUGGAAGCAUUGAAGAAAGGCACGGCGAUCAACUGGAGAGGUCUUGUCAUUAUCCACGCCCAGACUGGUGUGCAGAAAGUGUGGAAGAGAUACGGCUUCGAGACGGACGAGGGGGCUGGUCAUUGGGAUGAAGAGGGUAAGACAUCAGCGGCGAGACAUACGUCUGACACAUACACAUGCUGACCUCUCUAUUCUUGCCAGGCAUUGAUCAUGUGUUGAUGUGGAAGCGACUCGAUGUAUCGGACGGCAGGCGGAGGAGCAAGAUAUGGCUCACUGGUAAUCCGACCAGUCCGUGA